AUGAGGAGAAUGAUGACUCCCCAAGUGAAGAAGAGUGAAGAGAUCAAUCAAGAGAUUGAGGAGAGUGAGCAUGAGAGCAAUGAGAAUGUGCCCAUGGAAGAGGAGGAGUCAGAGGAAGAAGAGGAUGAGCUCCCCAUGUACCAAGAGCACUAUGAUGCUCUCUUCUCCAUGGACUUUGUGGAGACCAAGUACCCACAUGACACACAUGAAGGCUCUUGGAUCUUUGAGAUGUGGAGUUGGUCCUCAAGAACAUGCACUUGGCCAAGUUCUUCUCUUACCGCUGGAAUCAUACAAGGAGCUCACUUGUGA